AUAAUCAGAGUUCUUCCCUGGAGCAGUCUCUCAUUUCCUUGAUCAGCAAAUUCUUCUCAAUGUGUGCAGUGUCUCGGGCUGCUCUAUAAAAACUCCUGUACGCUCUCUCUUUGGUACUAUCGCGUUAUUCGGGUCUGACUGAGUUCGAAAGAUGAACUGGGGACAACUGCAUCUGAUCCUAGGAGGCGUCAACAGACACUCGACCAGCAUCGGGAAAAUCUGGCUCUCUGUAAUCUUCGUUUUCAGAAUCAUGAUUCUGGUGGUGGCGGCCGAGAGUGUCUGGGGAGAUGAGCAGUCCGAUUUUGUCUGCAACACUCUGCAGCCCGGCUGCAAGAACGUGUGUUAUGACCAAUUCUUCCCCAUGUCACACAUCCGACUCUGGUGCCUGCAAGUGAUCUUUAUCUCCACCCCUGCCCUCCUGGUGUCACUGCACGUUGCCUACAAACAGCACGAAGAGAAGAAAUGCAUGGAGAAACGGCAGGGCUUCUUGAAGAAGGAGGAAGUGGAUGCCCUGAGGAAGCAGAAAAUGCGGAUUGUUGGUGCUUUUUGGUGGACCUAUGUCACCAGCAUCAUCUUUCGCAUCCUGUUCGAGACGGUUUUCACUUACAUGCUGUAUUUCCUUUACGGUGGCUUUCAGAUGGCCCGGCUGGUGAAGUGUAGCGCCUCCCCCUGUCCCAAUACCGUGGACUGUUUCAUUUCUAGACCCACCGAGAAGACCGUGUUCAUCAUCUUCAUGACGGUGGUGUCCGGGGUCUGCGGCCUCCUGAAUGUGGCCGAGCUGUUCUAUUUGUUGGUGAAAGCUUGUGUGAGGCAGUCUCGCCGCAGGCACCACCCGCACCACCUCUCCAGGAGCAGAGAGCACCAACAAAACGAAAUGAACGAACUCCUGUCCAUUGACGCCAAACAGAAGGUGGCCUUGGAGCUGAACAAAACAUCCUGAGUGACCAGGUUGAUGGUCAGCUUUUUUUUUUUUUUUGCACCGUGACUUCUCAACCAAUUGUAUCGUGGUAAACUGACCGAUGUCUUCCAGUUGAACAUUUCCCCUUCUAUUAAUUUUCAGCCGACACGACUUUUUUAAAAGAGCAGGAAGUUAGCCCAAACGCACAACUUGCACUAAUUAGCCAUAUUUCGUGAUGUUGCGCUCACGAUGCUGUCAGAGCUGUUAAUGCACCGUUAGUAGUGGACAAUGAAACCAGCUGCAGUUCAACUGGAUUCCCCCCCCUCGCCUCAGUGGAUAUCACUGCCAGUGGAUUAACCCUAACAAAUGCACCUCUACAACUGUUACAGUAGUUUAUUGUUGCCACUUACUGUUGUAUCCAUGAAAUGUUCAAUAUUGUAUCAAACGCGCUGCCCAGUGUCAAUAUUUGUUACGAAGAAUUUUUUUUUGCCUGUGGGCACCGGGUGGCGCGCGCUGCUACGAAUUCGCGGUUUUCUGUACUUUUUAAAGCAAUAAAAUCGUUUAAUAGUA